CCCUAUUUGGCCAAUCGAUAUUUCCGCAAUGUAAUUCAUUGCAAGGCAAGCUGUAGUGCUCUCAAAGCUUUCAAUACUUGGAAAAAAGAUCUUUAUGCAAUCUCUCUUGCAUUGACUGCAUUAGCUAUUCUAGUGUCUGGAAGGCAGAGGAAAGCCUUCUUAUUUGUUUCAACAAGCUUAUGCUUGGCUGGAGUUUAGCAUGCCGAGCACAACGAACAGGAGAUUCUGAGCCAGCUAUCCGUGAACCUCUAGUCUGUUUCUGUAGUUUUAGCAGAGGAAGAUGAUAGAACAACGUUCACAACCGUGUGUAUAUCAUCAAGUGAAUUAUACAUGCUCUCUUUCUUGUUUUCUUGUCAGUAAUAGGAGCUGCAAGUUUGAUGUUUCAAAUUUGGAUUUUAUCUGCUUCAUUUUCUGCAAUUCAAUAUAGAGGUUAAUGGGGGCUUGCAGAACCAAAGAAUUUCUCCGAAACCAAGCAUAUUCAAUGCGUAUAAAUUCUCACAAGAAACAAAAUUGAAGAUGGCCCAUGACUAACUUGGACAAAGUGAGAGUUGCUGUCGGAUUUAUUAAUCUCCAAAGCUUCUGGCAGACUCUUAACCUGAACGUCUUAAUUUGUAAAGUAAAAUAUAAAGCCACGUGAGAGGAAGAUGUGUGGUCAGGAAUGGACAAACAUUUUGCAAGGCAAUGACUAACUGACCCACUUAACUUGCUGUCCAAAUUUCAAUAUCCUCCUCUUCUCCACAGGCUCCACUCCUGGAUUUUUCUACAGGCCUCUUUUUCUCUCAUUCUCCUUUCUCCUUUCUCCUCCAUGGCAUUAUCACUGCACCUAUCUCUCUCCCACAAAAAUUUCUCGAACCCCUUUGCUUCCUUCACCCCCACCACUAAACUACCGACAACAAUACACAUAAACAGCCACCUGCUCAAAUCAAUACACUCAAAGCCUUACUACAUAAAGAAGUGUCAUGCAGUUGCAGAUGCCCCAACGGCCAUUCCUCCUUCACUUGAUGCAGAAGAUGAUGCUCAUGGGGUUCUUAUCGGUCCCUCUAGUGAGGAGGAAAGGAGAGGGGAUGGAGCGGUGGUAGACUAUAAUUGGACUGAAGAGUGGUACCCACUUUACCUCACCAAGGAUGUGCCAGAUGAUGCACCUCUAGGUCUUAAUGUAUUUGAUAAGCAGUUAGUGUUGUAUAAAGAUGGCCAAGGUGAGCUGCGAUGUCACGAAGAUCGGUGCCCUCACAGGUUGGCGAAACUAUCAGAAGGUCAGUUGAUCGACGGAAGACUUGAAUGUCUAUACCAUGGUUGGCAGUUUGAAGGGGAGGGAAAAUGUGUAAAAAUACCUCAGCUUCCUGCAAAUGCUAAAAUUCCUCAGUCAGCUUGUGUUAAGACAUAUGAGGUGAAGGAAUCACAAGGAGUUGUUUGGGUAUGGAUGUCACUAAAGACACCACCAAACUUUAAGAAGGUUCCCUGGUUUGAGAACUUUGCCAGGCCAGGAUUUCAAGAUACCUCAACCAUUCAUGAGCUUCCAUAUGAUCACUCCAUACUGCUUGAAAACCUCAUGGAUCCGGCACACAUUCCAAUCUCACAUGAUAGGACAGACUGGACUUCCAAAAGGGAGGAUGCCCAGGCACUGCGAUUUGAGGUGACUGAACGCACCCAUCGAGGUUUUGCAGGGAGGUGGGGUAAGGAAAAGGAUCAAAAACUGCGAAGCUUCUUACGGUUUCAAGCUCCGUGUGUUCUAUCCAACGACAUAGAAUUUGCAGAUGAGAAGGGGGUGACACAGUACUUCACUGGCCUUUUUCUUUGCAGACCAACCGGACAAGGAAAAUCCAUGAUCAUUGUCAGGUUUGGAGCAACAAAAAGACCUCAAAUGGCAAAGGUGAUCCCUAAAUGGUACUUCCAUCAAAAUGCGUGCAAAAUCUUUGAGCAAGACAUGGGAUUUCUGUCAUCACAGAAUGAAGUUUUAAUGAAAGAAAAGGUUCCAACAAAGGAAUUGUACAUUAAUUUGAAGUCAUCAGAUACAUGGGUAGCUGAAUACAGGAAAUGGAUGGACAAAGUUGGACAUGGAAUGCCUUAUUAUUUUGGCCACAACACCAUUUCUUUGCCAGAAGUACCUGCUGUUGUAGAACAUGCACCAGCUGGUCUUGUUGCUGGAGUUUCAGCUUCUUCACCAGCAAAAGGUGGGAUUGGAACAAUGCACGCACCCAAUGUGAACAACCGAUAUUUCAGACACGUAAUUCAUUGCAAGGGAUGCACUAGUGUAGUAAAAAAUUUCCAAGCUUGGAAAAAUGCCCUCUCUGCAAUUUCUGUUGCAUUGACUGCAUUGGCCAUUCUAGCAUCUGGAAGGCAAUGGAAGACCUUUCUCUUGGUAUCAGCAAGUCUGUGCUUAGCUGGAGUUUAUGCAUGCUCAACUGCAAUUGCAAUGAACACAACAAACUUCAUAAGAACACACAGGAGAUUGUAAGCGAAAAAGAUAGUCAUAGCACCUCUUGUAAGUUUAUAUAAUUUCAGGUCAGGAAGAUACAAGAAAGUAUCAUUGUAUCAAUUCUCUAUCCAUGAUCUCAAGAUUUUUUCUUGGACUCUUCCUUUUAUAGGCACCUAUCAUGCUUUUUCAAUUAAUGAGAAAGGAUGCUUUUCUGUAA